UAGGGUUUUUAGAGCGGCGGCGCCGGCCCCCUCUUCCUUGUCCCCUCCUCGACCAAGGCUUCUAGCAAUCAAGCCGCCUAAACGCGCGACAACUAUGGACCGAUACCAGAGAGUCGAGAAGCCGAGGCCUGAGUCCACCAUUAACGAGAACGAGAUUCGGAUCACUGCUCAGGGCCUCAUUCGCAACUACAUUAGCUAUGCCACCACCCUUCUUCAGAACAAUCGGGAAAAACUUGCAACAGAAAUUGUGUUGAAGGCAAUGGGACAAGCGAUUAGCAAGACUGUAGCAAUUGCGGAGAUUCUAAAGAAAAGGACUCCUGGAUUGCACCAAGAUACUGUUAUCAGUUCAGUCAGCAUUACAGAUAUAUGGGAACCUAUUGAGGAGGGUCUUGUACCACUGGAAAUGACCCGACAUGUCUCAAUGAUUUCAAUCUCUUUGUCAACUAGGAUGCUUAGCAGGAAUUCUCCUGGGUAUCAGCCCCCCUUACAUAUAGAGCAGCCAAAGCAACAAAAAUAUCAGCAGCCUAGGAAUUACAAUCAGCUCCAGCCACCGAGAAAAUCACCAGCUCAAUUCAGUGAUAAUUCAUUUGGUCAAGGACGUGGUCGAGGUAGAGGAAGAGGAAGAGGAAGGGGCUGGGGCUGGGGCCAGGGCGGAUAUGGAGGAUAUGAAGGGUAUGGAGGAUAUCCAAACAACCAAGGAUAUCCAGGAAAGCAAGGAUAUACAAACAACAAAGGAUAUCCAAGCAACCACGGAUAUGCAAACAAUCAAGAAAAUGGUGAAUGGAAUAUUGGUUGGGGUCGUGGCGGUGGCCGUGGCGGUGGGCGUGGUCGAGGAGGUUGGGGAUAUCACGAUGGCGGAUAUGAACAUGGCAGAGGAGGAGGUGGUGGGAGAGGCGUCGGACGCGGAAGAGGUAGGGUGGGUGGCCGUGGGAGGGGAAAUCAGCUCUUCUAGUAAAGGAGCACUGAUUGGACUGAGCUGUUCAUGUGAGAUAUGUAUGCCUUGCCCUUCUACAGGUCUCUCUUCUAAAGAGGGAUGGUUCUGUUUCGAUUUUACUGCAAAUAUUAGAAGCCUUGUUUGCUGUCUUCUUUUCAGCAUGGUUUGAAUGUAGAGCAUAUAGCUGUAAUAGGUUUCCGCCCUAUCCCAUCACCUUCCUAAUAUCUACGAAUUUCACAUUCUUAGCUGCAAGCCUGCAAUGCAUUAUUUUUUCAUUGUUUACAUCAUUAAAUGUCUUUAAACCCUAUUUUUCUGAGAUGAAAUGUAUACCUAUUCACUGCUUUUACUUC